UCGAAUCUGUGGUUUGAUAGUAGAUUAACUUUCAUCAGAACAGCAUUCUUUUUGUUUCCUGUUUCUUACCCAGAUCCAUUCUGGAUAAGAACCAUACAAGCUCAUUUCAGUUCCAUUUCGAUAUCUUCUCUAUCCAUUUUUUAUUUUCAUUUUGGUCUUGUACUUGACUUCAUUAUGAGUGAGCUCUCAAAUAGACAAAUCAUUUUUGGGAUUGUGUUCCAAGUAGUGACAGUCGAGCUGUUAUUCAAAGCCUGCUUUGCUAAGGAUGUUCCCGUUAACUUCGUUUUCGGGGACUCCUUGGUUGAUGUGGGAAAUAACAAUUACAUCGCAUCAUUGUCCAAGGCUAAUUAUGCUCCGAAUGGGAUUGAUUUCGGAGGGCCAACAGGACGAUACACCAAUGGAAGAACAAUUAUCGACAUUUUAGGUCAGGAGUUGGGUUCUCCAGGUUUUACUCCUCCUUACUUAGCUCCCUCAACCAGGGGACCUGUGGUUCUUCAGGGGGUUAAUUAUGCUUCGGGCGGAGGUGGAAUUCUCAAUCACACUGGAAAUAUCUUUGGUGGUCGAAUCAACUUUGACGCACAGCUAGACAAUUUUGAAAAUACCAGGCAAGAUAUUAUCUCGAGUAUAGGUGCUCCUACAGCUCUAGAGCUGUUUCAAAGUGCUUUAUUCUCGGUGACAAUGGGUUCCAAUGAUUUCAUCAAUAACUACCUUACACCCGUAGUCUCAGCUGAGGAGCAGAAGUUGGUUCCUCCAGAAGUGUUUGUGGCCUCCAUGAUUGGAAGAUUCAGGCUACAGCUCACUAGGCUUUACUCUUUGGGUGCUAGAAAGAUUGUUGUAGUAAAUGUGGGUCCCAUCGGUUGUAUACCAUAUGAAAGAGACCUAAAUCCUACUGUAGGAGAUAGCUGUGUUAGUCGUCCGAAUCAGCUGGCUCAGCUAUUUAAUACUGAGUUGAGGAGUCUUGUUAAAGAGCUCAGCACAAGCCUGAAGGGAUCAUUUUUCCUCUAUGCAGAUAUUUACCGCAUAGUAGACGACAUCUUACAAAAUUACGGAUCAUAUGGUUUUGACACUGGAACCUUUGCCUGCUGCUAUGUUGCCGGUAACUUUGGUGGCCUGAUCCCAUGUGGUCCGCCAUCGAAAGUUUGUCCAGACAGAUCUAAGUAUGUUUUCUGGGAUCCGUACCAUCCGUCGGAUGCUGCCAAUGUCAUCAUAGCAAAACGUCUCCUGGAUGGUGACUCCAAUGAUAUUACUCCGAUGAAUAUUCGGCAACUAGUUAAUGUUUAAUUAUGAGAAAAAGUGUGAUAAAGAAAUGUUUCUGCGAAUAAUUGAUAGCUCAUUCGACAGUAAAGUACAAGUGAUACUACAUGAUACUAGUUACCACUGAAGUAAAUAGGACUUUUACCCAAGUAAUUGUCCAUUGUUCAGCUAAUCAGCUGUAAUAAACUUCAAAAUUUUGUUGUUUGAAUUAGAAAAUGCAAACUGAUUGGUUCUUGGCAAA